GAGCUUACGAUCAAAAUGACUACUUUCAAAGAAGAACAUGAAAAAUUUAUUGCCGGUCACAAUGGCACAAACUAUUUAGAGGUUGCCAUGCUAACUAGCAUCUCUUGCUUGGCUUGUUUCUUAAGAGAUUUAUUUUUUAUAUCUUCUAUAGCAAGCUAUGUCAGACCAAAAUUGCUUGCUGAAUUUCUUCUGUUAAUAUUUCCAAACAUAUUAAGUGUUUCACUUCUAGAGAACUACUUGGCAAUAUUUAUUCUAUUAAUCUUUUCUGUAAUUGCUAUCUUCUGUUUUCUUCAUUGGAGAUCAAUUACAGCUUUGAAAAAUCAUUUGCAUAAUGUUAAUUUGGAUGAACAGAAAAAGUUUAUCACAUACUUUAGAUCUGUGGUGAUUGUUUGCACAGCUAUUGCUAUUCUGGCUGUUGAUUUCCCUGUGUUUCCCAGACGCUUUGCUAAAACAGAAACAUUUGGCUUUGGUGGGAUGGAUAUUGGUGUAGGUUUGUUUGUUGUUGCUAAUGCUAUAGUCAGCCCUGAAGCUAGAAACAAAUAUAAGGAAAAGGCAUUUUUACUUCAUCACAUAAAAAGUACCAUAGUCUCUUGUCUGCCACUCAUUUUUCUUGGAGUGGCUCGGCUAGUUACAGUUAAAAGUAUCGAGUACCAUGAACAUGUUACGGAGUAUGGAGUCCACUGGAACUUUUUUUUUACACUAGUGGCCUUAAAGAUACUUUUGACUGCUCUUUACUGGAUUGUUUCAGUGAAUAAAUCAACAGUUAUUGCCUUCAUUGUUUUAAUUCUACACCAAAGCCUUCUAUCCAAUGGUUUUUCCUCUUAUAUUAUUAUUGGUUUUAACAAUGAUGGAACAAGAGAAGGAUUAAUAGAUGCUAAUAGAGAAGGAAUUUACUCUUUACCAGGCUAUAUUGCCAUCUAUAUGUUUGGAGUUCAACUUGGUCGUUUCUUUUUCCAAGCACAAAAAAACUUAGCUGAAUGGUUACAAGUCACCAAAGCCAUAGCUCUUCAAUUUAUUCUGUUUACUCUUGCAUUGUUUGUGACCCAUUCAUUUGUUGAACCUGCAUCUAGAAGAUUGGCAAAUGCAUCUUUUGUAUUUUGGGUGAUGAGUGUAAGCUGUCUGAUGAUAUUGCAGUUACUUCUGGCAGAUAUAAUCAUCACAUUCAUAACAUCACAACAUUGGAAAAGAAAAAGCUCCAGCCUAUUGCAGGCUCAACAAACCAAACGAGGAGCAAAAGAAAUGUGCAUAUUAAAAGCAGUUAAUUAUAAUUCUCUCUUCAUUUUCUUGUUGGCAAAUAUCAUGACAGGACUAGUCAAUAUGGCUGUCACAACACAUAGAAUCCCGGAUAAAAUGGCCAUUUUUAUAUUGACGUCAUAUAUGCUUUCUUUAUGCUAUAUCUCAUUGAUUUUGUAUAACCAAAACUUUUCAUUAAAACUUUCAUGAUUGGAACAGGC